CGAGGAUCCUGCAAUUCAUCUCCUUCCAUUUAAAGAAAGAAAGUAUAGAAGAUAGAUUGUUUAUCUGCUCUGAGUGAGUGAGAUGGAGUGGAAACAACAACAGCAUUUGAUGAAGAAGCUGGUAUUUGCAGUGAAUGGGGAGCGAUUUGAGCUCUCAACUGUCGAGGAUCCGUCGAUUACUCUACUUGAAUUCCUCAGGACGAAAACCCGCUUCAAAGGAGUCAAGCUCGGAUGCGGAGAAGGUGGUUGUGGAGCUUGUGUCGUUCUUUUGUCGAAGUAUGAUCCUAUAAAAGAACAAGUUGAAGAAUUUACAGUGAGUUCGUGUCUGACUCUUCUUUGCAGCAUAAAUGGCUGCUCAAUUACAACAACUGAAGGCCUAGGGAACAGCAAAGAUGGUUUCCAUUCUAUUCAUCAGAGGUUUUCGGGUUUCCAUGCUUCUCAGUGUGGUUUCUGUACUCCUGGCAUGUGCAUGUCUCUUUUUUCAGCACUUAUUAAUGCCAACAAAACUGAAAGGCCUACCCCUCCUGACGGGUUUUCCAAGAUUACAGUGUCGGAAGCUGAGAAGGCUACUGCAGGCAAUCUCUGUCGAUGCACGGGCUAUCGACCCAUUGUUGAUGUCUGCAAAAGUUUUGCAAAUGAUGUUGAUAUGGAGGAUCUGGGUUUGAAUUCCUUUUGGAAAAAGGGGGAGAAUGCAAAUGCAAGUAGAUUACCCAUUUACGGUCAUGAUGGGAUUUGUACAUUUCCUGAGUUUUUGAAAAAUGAAAUUAAAUCAUCCAUGGACAGUUUUUCUCACUUUCCACUGAGUAAUUCAGAUGAUUUGAGAAGUGCUGAAGUGGAACCCGCAUUUAAUUGGUACAGUCCUGUCAGUGUUGAAGAGCUUCAGAACCUAUUGAAGUCUGAAGAAUCUGAGGUUGAAAAACGAGUGAAACUCGUUGCUGGUAAUACUGGUGCUGGUAUUUGCAAGGAAUACAAUGACAUUGAUGAAUACAUUGAUAUAAGAGGAAUUCCUGAGCUUCUGGUGAUUAGAAGGGAUAGCACGGGGAUUGAAAUUGGAGCUGCCGUUUCGAUUUCCAAGGCAAUUGAAGCACUGAAGGAAGAAGAAAAUACUUUGUCUGGAUCGAGAGGAAAACUGGUGUUCAUGAAAAUUGCUGAUCAUAUGAAUAAGGUCGCAUCGCAAUUCGUCCGAAAUACUGCUAGUUUGGGUGGUAACUUAAUCCUGGCACAAAGAAACGAGUUCCCCUCUGAUAUUGCUACAGUUCUUCUUGCAGCUGGUUCAUCUGUCAGCAUACAUACAGGUUCUGAAACUGUACUGCUUAGACUAGAGGAUUUUCUUAAGAGGCCUCCAUGCGAUUCUAGAACUCUACUUUUAAGCAUUCAUAUCCCCAUCUGGGAGCCAGUAAGAAACUCUUCCUCCAAUUCCAGACUGCUGUUUGAGACCUAUAGAGCUGCACCACGUCCCUUAGGAAAUGCAGUGGCUUAUCUUAAUGCCGCUUUCUUAGCUCAGGCUUCUACCGAUGAAAUGUCCGAGCAUGUCAUUUUAGACAACCUACAAUUGGCUUUUGGAGCAUUUGGGACUAAACAUGCCAUCCGGACAAGGAAGGUUGAGGAAUUUUUAGCUGGGAAACAUAUUACUGCAGCUGUUCUGCUUGAGGCAAUUGGAAUACUACGAGCAACCAUGGUACCUGAAGAAGGCACUUUGAUUCCUUAUAGAUCAAGUUUGGCUGUUGGGUUUCUUUUUGAUUUUCUUCGCCCCUUUGUUGAACACUCGAUGGAACCAAAGAUCUCUAAUGUUAUCAGUGGCGCUGAAAUUUUCAAUGGUCACCUCAAUGGACACUCAAAUUCAUUGGCACACAAGGCUUCUGAAAAUGGUAAUCAUUGUGGUGAUCAUUUGGAGAGACCUGAUUCACUAUUAUCAGCAAAGCAAGUGGUGGAAACCAGCCAAGAGUAUCAUCCGGUUGGUGAGCCUACUGAAAAAGCAGGGGCCACAAUCCAAGCUUCUGGUGAAGCAGUUUAUGUAGACGACAUUCCUUCUCCUAAGGACUGUCUUCAUGGAGCAUUCGUUCGUAGCAUGAAGCCUUUGGCACGCGUAAAAGGGAUUCAAUUCAAGUCUACAUCAGCAUCUGAAAGAAUCCUUACUGUUAUUUCCGUCAAAGACAUUCCGAGAGGAGGGAUGAACAUAGGAUGUAAGGGUUUGGUUGUUGGUGAACCUCUAUUUGCUGAUGAUCUUACUGAGUAUGCAGGUCAACCACUUGGUUUCGUGAUUGCAGAAACACAAAGAUAUGCCGACAUGGCUGCUAAUCAGGCUACAGUUGAUUAUGACAUGGAAAAUCUUGAUCCUCCCAUUUUAUCAGUAGAAGAAGCUGUUGAAAGAUCCAGCUUCUUUGAGGUCCCUUCUUUCCUCAGCCCGAGCCCGAAACAGGUUGGGGAUUUCUCAAAAGGAAUGGCGGAAGCUGAUCACAAGAUUCCCUCAGCCAAGAUUGAACUUGGGUCUCAAUACUACUUCUAUAUGGAGACACAAACAGCACUUGCAAUACCUGACGAAGAUAACUGCAUUGUCGUCUAUAGUUCGACUCAGUGCCCUGAGAAUGCACAAGUGGUCAUCUCGAAAUGCCUCGGCAUCCCUCACCAUAAUGUCCGUGUGAUUACAAGAAGGGUUGGUGGUGGAUUUGGUGGGAAGGGGCGAAGAUCAUUACCGGUUGCAACUGCAUGUGCACUUGCAGCAUACAAGUUACGCCGUCCUGUUCGUGCUUACUUGGAUCGCAAGACUGACAUGAUAAUGUCAGGAGGACGGCAUCCAAUGAAGAUAAACUACACUGUGGGUUUCAAAUCCGAUGGGAAGAUUACAGCUCUACACACCGAUAUAUUAAUCGAUGCAGGGUUUUCUGAAGAUGUAAGCCCAAUCAUUCCAAUGAAAGUUAUCGAUGCACUGAAGAAGUACAACUGGGGAGCUUUCUCUUUCGAUAUUAAGCUGUGCAAGACAAAUUUUUCAAGCAAGUCAGCCAUGCGGGGUCCGGGAGAGGUACAGGGUUCUUUUAUCGCUGAAGCCAUAAUCGAGCAUGUUGCGUCAACUCUUUGUAUGGAAGCUGAUUCUGUUAGGAAAAAGAAUCUGCACACGUUCGAAAGCCUAAAGCUAUUUUAUGAAGGUAGCGAAGGAGAACGUGCCGAGUAUACCUUACCUUCGAUUUUGGAUAAGUUGGUUUUAACUUCAAGCUUUCACCACAGGGCAGAAAUGAUCAAGCAGUUCAAUGGUUGUAACAAAUGGAGGAAACGGGGAAUUAGUUGCAUACCUGCCAUGUAUGGGGUGGCAGUGAGGCCAACGCCUGGGAAGGUGAGUGUUCUUAAUGAUGGUUCAAUUGUCGUUGAAGUCGGAGGGAUUGAGUUAGGACAGGGGCUCUGGACGAAAGUGAACCAAGUGACAGCGUUUGCUCUUGGUCGGUUGUGGAGUGAUGGAAGUCAAGACCUUUUGGAGCGAGUGCGGGUCAUUCAGGCCGAUACGUUGAGUUUGGUACAAGGGGGAAUCACUGCAGGCAGCACCACAUCUGAAUCAAGCUGUGAAGCGGUUCGGCUUGCUUGUGAUAUGUUGGUGGAAAGGCUUAUGCCUCUCAAGCAAAGGCUGCAAGAGCAAACCAGUGCACUUUCAUGGGACAAUCUAAUCCUCCAGGCGAAUCUCCAGGCAGUGAACUUAUCAGCAAGUACUUUGUGGGUUCCUGAACAUAAGUCUGCCAAAUAUCUUAAUUAUGGUGCUGCAGUGAGCGAGGUGGAGAUAGAUCUUCUUACAGGUGCUACAUCAAUUUUGCGAACAGAUAUCAUUUAUGACUGUGGACAGAGCCUAAACCCUGCCGUGGAUUUGGGACAGAUUGAAGGAUCUUUUGUCCAAGGAAUUGGAUUUUUCAUGCUCGAAGAAUGUGUGACGAACUCAGACGGAUUGGUUAUUUCAGAUGGAACAUGGACAUACAAGAUCCCGAGUGUUGAUACCAUCCCAAAAGAAUUCAACGUUGAGUUACUCAAUAGUGGUCAUCACAAAAAACGUGUUCUCUCCUCCAAAGCUUCUGGGGAGCCCCCAUUGCUUCUGGCAGCCUCAGUUUAUUGUGCAACAAGAGAAGCCAUUAAAGAAGCCAGAAAAGAGCUCCUUUCUUGCAGUGGCCAUGAUGGGUCCUCAUUCACAUUUCAAUUGCAGGUCCCAGCCACCAUGCCCGUGGUCAAGGAGCUUUGUGGGCUGGACAAUGUGGAGAGGUACUUACAAACCUUGCUUUCUCAUCAAUGAAAUUGGUUUUCUGGUUGGGUUGUAUAUUCACUGUCUUCAGAUGCUUUACGAAGAUUUAAGACUUUGGAGUAAUGUUAAGUGUGUGUAAAUGUCAUUCUACUUCCAUUCUAGUGUGCAUGUGUAUAAAGAUGGAUUGACUUCUGUCAUCUCUGAGAAUCCAAGGAUGUUUCACUGUUAAAAGAUAGAACAAAUGUUUGAUGAUGAGCUGUAUAUAUAAAGGGUAAGUAUCUCCA